AUGAGCCGUGUAGCCCGUCGCCUGUUUACCACAACCUCCUCUCGUCGCCAAGCUUCCGCAGCAGAAGCAUGUAACGAACUCCUCACACGCUUUCACAGCGGGCCUGUUUCGAUCCGUAAACAGCUACUUGAUGCGAAUCAACUCCAGUUGCUCUCUAUAACACUAAAUCGCACGCCCUCUUCUUUCAACCCACCACCGUCCGGCACACCGAUCCCGCCUGGCUACCACCUCGUCUAUUUCACGCCUUCAAUUAUUGAGUCCGAGUUGGGCCUUGAUGGUACAGACCGCACUGUGAACCCGCUAAGUCCUUAUACAAGGCGAAUGUGGGCAGGCGGCGAGUUGACAUGGGCACAAGACCGGAACGCGCUACUGAGAGUCGGCCAAGAAAUCAAAGAGACAACGAGACUACUACGUGCUGAGCCAAAAACAUUAAAGAAUGGCGGUGAAAUGUUGCUCGUGGGGGUUGAGAAGACAUUCUCGAAUGAUCAUGGUAUCGCGCUAACUGAUCGCCGCAACUGGGUUUUUCAGCGUGAGCUUACACCAGAGAAUCCACUGAAGGCACCGCCAAAGCCAGAAGAGAAAGAUCUACCGACUGCGCGACAUCAAAGAGAUUUCUGUCAAACACCUACCUCAUUGUUUCGCUUCUCGGCCCUGACUUUUAAUGCGCACAAGAUACAUUACUUACCUGAGUGGUGUAGAGAGGUUGAGGGUCAUAGAGAUGCUGUUGUACACGGACCGCUUAACCUCAUCAACAUGCUGGAUUUGUGGAGAGAUGUGGCCAAGGAAGGGGAUACGGAAGCAGUACCCAAGUCGAUAGCGUAUCGCGCAAUGAGCCCACUAUACGUUGGUGAGCAGUAUCGCAUACUCUUGGACCACAAGUCAGGAUCAGAUGGAUGGGAAGCAGAAGUGUGGGACAGCUUUGGCAAGCAGAGUAUGAAGAGCUCCAUCUUGGAAUAA